GGGCUGAGAGCGGUUCGCGCGCUUCGGGCCUAGUCCGGACUCGCCAGCGCCGCCGCCAUAUUCCCGUGGCAUCCCUUUCACUUUGUCCAUUCUCCGGGCUCGCGAUCACCCUUCCGGAGCCAUGUCAGAAGGAGUGGACUUGAUUGAUAUAUACGCUGACGAGGAGUUCAACCAGGACCCAGAGUUCAACAAUACAGAUCAGAUUGACCUGUAUGAUGACGUGUUGACAGCCACCUCACAACCCUCAGAUGACAGAAGCAGCAGCACUGAGCCACCUCCUCCUGUUCGCCAGGAGCCAUCUCCCAAGCCCAAUAACAAGACCCCUGCAAUUCUGUACACCUACAGUGGCCUGCGCAAUAGGCGAGCUGCUGUCUACGUGGGCAGCUUCUCCUGGUGGACCACAGACCAGCAGCUGAUCCAGGUUAUUCGCUCUAUAGGAGUCUAUGAUGUGGUGGAGUUGAAAUUUGCAGAGAAUCGAGCAAAUGGCCAGUCCAAAGGGUAUGCUGAGGUGGUGGUUGCCUCUGAAAACUCUGUUCACAAAUUGUUGGAACUCCUGCCAGGAAAAGUUCUUAAUGGAGAAAAAGUGGAUGUGAGGCCGGCCACCCGGCAAAACCUGUCACAGUUUGAGGCACAGGCUCGGAAACGUGAGUGCGUCCGAGUCCCAAGAGGGGGUAUACCUCCACGGGCCCACUCCCGAGAUUCUAGUGAUUCUGCUGAUGGACGGGCCACACCCUCUGAGAACCUUGUACCCUCAUCUGCCCGCGUGGAUAAGCCCCCCAGUGUGCUGCCCUACUUCAAUCGCCCUCCUUCAGCCCUUCCCCUGAUGGGUCUGCCCCCACCCCCGAUCCCACCCCCACCUCCUCUCUCCUCAAGCUUUGGGGUCCCUCCUCCUCCUCCUGGCAUCCACUACCAGCAUCUCAUGCCCCCUCCUCCUCGAUUACCUCCUCAUCUGGCUGUACCUCCCCCUGGGGCCAUCCCACCUGCCCUUCACCUCAAUCCAGCCUUCUUCCCCCCACCAAAUGCUACAGUGGGGCCUCCACCAGAUACUUACAUGAAGGCCUCAGCACCUUAUAAUCACCAUGGCAGCCGAGAUUCGGGCCCUCCGCCCUCUACAGUGAGUGAAGCAGAGUUUGAAGAGAUCAUGAAGCGAAACAGAGCAAUUUCCAGCAGUGCCAUUUCCAAAGCAGUAGCUGGAGCCAGUGCAGGGGAUUACAGUGACGCGAUUGAGACGCUGCUCACAGCCAUUGCUGUUAUCAAACAGUCCCGGGUCGCCAAUGAUGAGCGUUGCCGUGUCCUCAUCUCCUCUCUUAAGGACUGUCUUCAUGGCAUUGAAGCCAAGUCCUACAGCGUGGGUGCCAGCGGGAGCUCAUCCAGGAAAAGACAUCGGUCCCGAGAGAGGUCACCAAGCCGGUCCCGGGAGAGCAGCAGGAGGCACCGGGACCUGCUUCAUAAUGAAGAUCGACAUGAUGAUUAUUUCCAAGAAAGGAACCGGGAGCAUGAGAGACACCGGGAUAGGGAACGGGACCGGCACCACUGAGAAAGGAGUCUGGUUGGAAGCAAAUGUUUUUUUAAUGGACUUGCAUCUCCUCACCUUGAUCAGGACUAAAGGACGGAGGCCACUCUACCCCUUUCUCCCUGCAAACCCUAACUCCCUCGACACCCAGGGAAUACCCUCUGCCCUACAGAAGUGAAGAUUGCCUGGCAGCCCUCCUAAUCUCAUACCUCCUGUUUGCCAGGGGAAAUAACCUAAAGACUUGGUGUAGUUGGGAGGGGUGGCAGACAGAAAGAACAUAGUCCAGGCCCCUGGUUUUCAUAGAGAAUGGUGCUUUGUCCAAGGAAACAUACGAGUUUCUGAUUCUCCAGGAGCAGUUCAGUGGUGAGGCUAGUGGGAAGAUUUUCUUCCCAGAGAAAAUGGAUCCUCCACGUGGGAUCUAGGAGAGUGACUGGGUGUGCCAAAUAUAUACCCAGGGUCCCGCCCUCAGCACUACGUUAGAUGGGGCCAAGAGGGUCCAAACCUCUUGCUAACAUACCAUUUAUUUGUUUAACCCCUUUUCCUUCCCAGCCCUUUGAGGUGCACCAUGAGGACAGAAAUUACCUUAGGAAAAGCUACUCUUGUUCUUGCUUUUCUCUUUUACAUAUUGAUGGUUUGUUUCCCUGACCUCCCAGAGGGCUGAACCCUUGCAGUCCCUGCUGCCCAGCCUCCUCAGUGGAUGAAGCAGAGACAGCCCAUAAGGUUGCUUUCUGCUGAGGAGUCUUGCAGAGCCAAUUACCACCCUCUGCUGCUUUGUGCUUGGUUACCUCUUGCAAUAACCAGCUCUACUAGUUGUUCCUUUUCCCUGGGGCUUUUCCAUUUCACCUCUGUAGCCCUUCUCCCAGUAAGGCUGCUUCCUUGUUUUAGAGGAAGGUACUGCCAUUGGGAGGUGGGGACAUCAGACCUCAGCAGCAAAGAACACUUAUGAAGUACCAGGAGUGGGGCAGGAGGCAAGCUGGGCAGGACAUGGCCUACUUCCAUAGGCUUCUCUUUUUUCAGGUGUGAUGUAAGUCUGGGCAUGCAUCCCCCAGGUGCACACUCUUACUAAUUGUGGGAGGACCUGGCACUACUAGGUGGGGAAAGUCACAAGUUUGUGUCUUUCUACCUCUCAGCUAUUGACUGAAUGGCUCCUCUCAGUUUGCCCAGAAGUACUUCCUGCCUCUGCUGCGGGGCAUGGAAGAAGUGGAGCCUGACUUGAGUGAGCUCAUCUCCGAGAUCUAAGGCCCACCAGUCUGGGGGCUGCUUUCUAUGCAGGCAGAUGGAAUUGUUUCCCCAUAACACCUACAUUGUAAUGUGGUUGCUGCUGAAGGACACAGCAGCAGCGGGGCCCUGCAGGACCCGCGGGGUGAUGCUACUUCUGUGUGCAUCUCCAAGGCACUGACAUCUGACGUGAGAAGAGACGAGGCGUGUGAGAUGAGACUUGGUGUGAGAGAUGUAGGGUCACUGGAGACCCUCCUGGCUCAGAAGGAAAAGACUGAGUUGGACUGAACCCUUCCUCUGUUCCCUGCACGUUUCUGACAUAGCCCUCAACUGGUCACAGAGGGAGUCCCCAGGGCUUGGCGAGGCACAGUCCCUUGGGACAGAGGCUACAGGUUUGUAGCUUUUUUUCCCCCGUCUCCCAUCCCCACCUGUACUUCAGAACAUGGCACCCUGCCCAACCAGCCAAGUGUUAAGUGACGUGCUUAUCCUUGAGAGCAGCUCCGGGUGUCUUUUUAAAAUGUAGAGAAGCCAAGUAAGGUAACAGUUUAAGGAAAGAAAUAUAUAGAAUCCCAGAAAAGCGGUUUACCCGGAGAUCUUUUUUCUCCCCUUUUUUGUUUUGUUUUUAUUCAGUGACACAAUUUUUUAGUUUUAUUUCCUGAUAGCAAAAGAGAAAAAAAAAAACACCCAGCCCUCAAAAAGGCCAAGGCCCCCGUCCCCCCUGUUGUCGGUGAAUUUGUUUGUCUUUCUGAUAGGUUGAAAAUUGUGUAAUAAACUUGAUGACGCUGUCAAUCUUU